AUGACACUCCUGCAGACGUUUUGGGUAUUCUGUGAAAACUCGUCGCUUCACGGACUUCGGUACAUUGGGAGGAGCAAUGCAACCCGGGCCAAUUUGUUGCUGCGAUUCGUUUGGAGCCUGUUCGCCCUGGUAAGUCUGGCUUUUACGCUGAUGCUGGCCAGCUCGGCCUGGGAUCAGUUCCGCAGUAACCCGACGCUGACCACCAUCGAGACGACGACGUACCCCGUGUCACUGAUUCCGUUCCCUUCCGUAACGCUGUGUAACAUCAACAAGAUACACUCGGCCAAGGCGUUGGAGAUGAGUAAGAUGUUAAUGAACCUUGGAAUGGCCGAAAAUGACACCAUCGAUCUGCUAGCGUCCCUUCAACGCCUGAACGAUUAUCGUCCUGUCGAUGAGCGGAUUCUUCAAUUGGAACGGUUUCUCAACUUCAAGGGAUACCGGGUGGAACAGCUUGCCUUCGAUCUGGCCCCACCCUGCGAAACGAUGGUGGCCUUCUGCUUCUGGCUAAUGGAACCGGUACCAUGUGGGCAAUUGUUUCGUAGGACGAAAAUCUUCGCCGGGUACUGCUGCUCGUUUAAUGCGGAUGGUUUCCUCGAACCGGCCGAUAUCAGGCGGUCGAACCAUGACGCGAAAAGCAUCCACGUCAACGGGAUCGGUAAGGGUGAAGGGCUGACAGUGGUGGUGGAUAUCGGUGAAGCGAACUACACGUCAUCGGACCGCUUCACCUACGGGGUUGAGGUGUUUAUCCAUCGAUCGUACGAUUUCCCGGACUACUCUGAUUACACGACCGUCGUCCAGCGGGGCUGGGAAACGGAUGUGUCCGUUCUGCCGACGAUCGUGUCCGCUAGUCCGUCGUUGCGUAGUGUCCCUAUUGAACGGCGAGGAUGUGCGUUCAGCGACGAAGGAAACAUGUCCACGACUUUACCGUACACUUAUAGCAACUGCAUGAAUGAGUGUGAGCAGCGGUACGUCGCGGAGGUGUGCAAAUGCAUCCCGUUGUUUAGAGAAAUUUUCGAGCUGCAAGUAAAGUUUAAGGUUCCCAUUUGUGGAUUCCGCGAUGUCGGGUGUUUGCUGAAGAUGAAGCAUGGAGUGAGUUUUACCUCAGCGGCGAUUGAUUCGUCAGCAGCAACCAAUUUCAAUCGCAGCAUCGUCAAAUGCCAAUGCUAUCCAAGUUGUACCACUGAGCUUAAUCAGGUUAACAUUAUCUCCAAUACCAUCAACAACCCUAAAAGAAACGCAAACCUACCAGAGUUCAACUUUUCCUCCCAGGGACUGUUGCACGUGCACUUCCGAUCGACCAACUGUCUGAAGUACCGCCGCGAGCCGUUUGUAACCUGGCAGACGCUGGUAGCGACGUUUGGUGGUAUCUUCGGGCUCUGCAUGGGCGGUUCGAUACUGAGUCUAGUAGAAAUGAUGUACCACUUUGGGAUUACGCCGUUUAUAGUGUACCAAGAACUGAAGGAACAGUUGGUGUCGCGUUGCAAAGCCGGCCCUCUGCCAAUGGCCCACGUGCCUUUUCCAAGGCGGCCACCAAUUGGAUACUUUCGACGGAAUGAAGUAAUCGCCCGGGCUAUUACGCAGGAUGGUAGCACCCCCAAAGGAAUCGAUAAAAAGAAUUAUGCCAAUUCACCGAAAUGGAGGCAAAGUUAUGUGGAUGAGCUGAAAAUGAUCUAUUGA